UCAUUUUAUUCUACAACAGAAUUUUUGUGAAUGUUGACUUCUUAAAAUUUAUUUUGACUAUUGUGAAUAUCCUAUUUAAUGACAGUACAGUUAGUCGCCUAUUUAACAGGCGUUUUCUGAUAUUAAAACAUUGUAAUAAAAGUUUGUUUAUAAUUAGCAAUGGUGAUUACAACUGGUAAUUUACGUUCCCAGCUAGUGGGUUUGACAAACUUUUCUGGUACACAUAAAGAACAAGCAGAUAAAUAUCGACAAUUAUUGGAGGUAGUACUCUCUAAUACCGGUAUGGAAUUAAUUGAUACACUGAAGCUAUUUGUGGAAGGUAUAGUUCAUGAACAUGUCAGUUUGGUUAUUUCGCGUCAAAUUCUUAAUGAUGUUGGUUCACAUCUCACUAAGCUACCAGAUGAAGUUUCCAAACAGGUUUCGCAUUUCACAUUAGACAAAGUGCAACCGCGAGUUAUAUCCUUUGAAGAGCAAGUAGCAGCCAUACGUCAGCAUUUAGCAGAAAUCUAUGUGCGAAAUCAAUUAUGGCGUGAUGCAGCUAAUGUACUUGUUGGCAUACCGUUAGAGACCGGCCAAAAGCAGUACAGUCCAGAUUAUAAACUUGAAACAUAUUUAAAGAUAGCACGACUUUAUUUAGAAGACGAUGAUCCGGUGCAAGCUGAAUGCUUUAUUAAUCGUGCUUCUCUAUUGCAAACUGAAACACAAAACGAGGAGCUUUUGAUUUUGUAUAAAGUAUGCUACGCACGUGUGCUGGAUUAUCGCCGUAAAUUUAUUGAAGCAGCACAACGUUACAAUGAACUUUCAUAUCGUAGUAUUGUCGAUGUUGAGGAGCGUUUAACUGCACUUAAAAAUGCGCUCAUAUGCACUGUACUCGCUUCAGCGGGUCAACAACGUUCGCGUAUGUUAGCUACGCUUUUCAAAGAUGAACGCUGUCAACAGUUGCCUGCAUUUGGAAUUUUAGAAAAAAUGUAUUUAGAUCGCAUUAUACGUCGUUCGGAGCUUGAAGAAUUUGAAGCGUUGUUAUUGCCACAUCAAAAAGCUGUUACUGGUGAUGGUUCCUCAAUUUUGGACCGUGCUGUAUUUGAACAUAACUUAUUAUCCGCCAGUAAAUUAUACAAUAAUAUUACAUUUGAAGAGUUAGGAGCAUUAUUGGAAAUAACUGCAUCUAAAGCUGAAAAUAUUGCCUCUCAAAUGAUAACAGAGGGCCGUAUGAAUGGGUUUAUAGAUCAAAUAUCAGGAAUUGUUCAUUUCGAAAAUCGUAACUUGUUAUUUAUGUGGGAUAAACAAAUCCAGUCUUUGUGUUAUCAGGUAAAUUCUAUUAUAGAAACAAUUGGAGCUCGUAAUUCGGAUUGGAUGACUGCGACCAUUGAUGAAGUUAAUUAAAUAUGAACUGCUGUAAAAUAAGAAGUUAAAAAUAAUCGAUAAUAAAUAUAUUAAACUAAACAAUUAAAUAACAAUUAUGUUGCCAUUGCAUUAUAGUUUGCACCAAAUCUCUACAAUUAAUAAUGGGUA